GCUUUUUUUGCUGUGCAGAAGGGGGACGAACGCUUUUCAGAACGACAGUUCAUUCACUCAGGCACAGCCAAGGCAAACAGAAGCAAGCGGCCACAACAGCAAAACCCCAAGUCGCGAAAAUGAGCGCAGGCAGUGUGAAUGCUGUGAUUGUCGCUGCAGCGGCCGUGAGUGCUGCCGUGUGGUACUUCAUCCGAGGCAGCGCAACAGGAGGCAUUGCAGCGGCCGGCGAGCGAACGACAUCAUCACAACAGCAUCAGCAACAGCAGCAACAGCAACAGCAAUACGCAUCAACAGCAUCACCGCAGCUGACGCAGUCUCAGCAACAGCAGCAGCAGCACGACGGCGGCGCGCACAACAAUGACGCGGCGUACGGCGAUGCCGAAGCGGACAUCCACAGCGAGCUCAGAGGUUUUCAAGGCCGAGGUCGAAACCCGGCGUCUGAGGAGCACAAUCUUCGAAAUUUUUACGCCUUCAUGGCAGCCGGACGGCACGAGUCGCCUUCACCGCGGCCAUCGCGACCAACGUCCAUGAUUGGCAACUCUGGUUAUAACCAGUCACCGGAGCCCUCGCGAUUUGCCGAAACACGUGGAGAGGACUAUGAGGAAGAUGACUUGGAUUCGCGCUCGCGCCCAACCCGAAUCUCGCUUCCCACCGUCCCGGAUUACAUCUCUGGCUCUUAGGUGAAGCUGGCUAUCGUCUGUUGGGUCUGAAAACAUGUUGAUAUACUGUGUGAAACCUCAUGUAUGCGAAAAAAGAAAAUCCAUUACAAAAAAAGGGAUGAACACAAACCCGGAAAGCAACAAGUUCUGUGCAUGUGCACAGCGUUGCCCGAAUAAACAACCAUAACAAGAUUUCCA